ACCAAGAUGGCGGCGCCCAUGCUGAGGAAAGGGGCGGUGUUGCGUUUGUGUUUAGAGAGAAAUCAUGGACUGUCAGGAAGAUCGUCGGUGUUCUACAAGUUUAUGAGGCGAUGUACGACACAGGCUUCAAAUUCAGACACUGUGGAGCCAUCCGAGCACGAAAUUUCCUCAAACGGACUCAACGAUGUUCCCAGCCCGGGGUUGGACCUGCGCAGAUUUACAGAUCUCCAGGAUCAGCGGAGACAGGAGGCCCUGCGCAGCGUGCUGGUCAGACACGUGGGGAAGGCUACUGAAGAGGAGCUCACCAAGUUCUGCUCUCACUUUGGGGAGGUCCAAAACUCUUUCACAUACGGAGACAAGGAGCAGUACACUUUGCUGGAGUACACGUCCAAAGGCUCAGUCCACAGUCUUCUGAACACGGCCCACUUCAGGUCUGUACUGGAGGUUGUGCCCUACAGGUCACGCCUGCUGUCCUUCCGCACCAGUAACUGGAUGAACAGCUCCAGUAAGAAACACAGCGUGGGGGAGAUGACAGCAGAACAGAGGUUCUCCAUCCUCGCUACCAAACUCUGUGCAGCUCAGUCUAUGGAGGAACAGAUGCGAGUGUUAGUCCGAGAGACAGAGUUAUCGGAGGGAGAGACGCGUCUGAGGUUCCUGGUCUGCUCUCUGGUGGAGGACGCCAUCACAGGCCAUUUCCCAGGAUGCAUUGUGCACCCCUUUGGCUCCUCUGUCAACGGCUUUGGCAACAAGGGCUGUGACCUGGACAUGUACUUGAACCUGAAUGUGGAGGAACACAAACCCAAGAAGAAGAAGUCUUUCCCGCGGAUGGAGUAUGAAGUGAAGACGGUGCCGACUGAGAGAGCGGCGACUCAGAACCUGCUGUCCACCGUGGGACAGGGUCUGGCAGAGUUCGUGCCCAGCUGUCGACACGUGCAGUACAUCCUCAACGCUCGCUGUCCAUUGGUCAAGUUUAUGCACGAGGCAACGGGCAUACAGUGUGACCUAACAUCCAACAACAGCAUUGCACUGAAGAGUAGUGAGCUACUGAACCUGUACUCCCGUAUCGACCCUCGCGUCGCGCCGCUCGUGUACGCCGUCAGACACUGGGCACGUCUGCACCACGUCACCAGCAACAUGCCGGGAGGAUGGAUCACCAACUUCUCCCUCACCGCGCUGGUCAUAUUCUUCCUGCAGUACACAGACAAACCUGUGGUUCCUAGAAUUGAUGCACUGAAGGAGCUAGCUGAUAAGACAGACACGUGUAUCCUUGAGGGAAAUGACUGCACACUUGUGAGUGACCUGACCAAAGUACCGCUGUCGGAAAAUACAGACAGUAUAGAUGACCUUCUCCUGGAGUUCUUUGAAUUCUACAGCAACUUCAACUUCAGGAACUGUGGGCUGAACCUGCGGACUGGAGAAAUACAGGAGAAACAGAACUUUGAUGCCCUUUAUAUACAGAACCCGUUUGAGCAGCAGCUAAACCUGAGUAAGAACGUCAGCAUGCAUCAGCUGGAAAAGUUUGUACAGUUAGCCAGGGAGGCUGCCUGGAUGGCAGAACAGCCCGACUUCCUCCAACCUGAGGUUGGUCCAAAAGGUGGAGUCACUCCCUGGGGACUCGUGUCCAUUCUGUCUGGGUACAACAAAAGGAAGAGGAGACUCAUGGACCAGAAGGAAUUCACUCCAAUAUUGGACUCCAUAAAGUCGGGAAAUUCCACCAGGAAUUCUUCACACGGCAACGUGGGACCAAGAAUAAACAUCACGGAACCGGUCAGGUUCAAGUCUGUGUUAAAAUCUGCAAAGUCCAGGGUGAACAAAAGGACCAAGAACGGAAACAAGAGAUAGUGUACUGAGAGAUCUGCAAUUGUUAUAUAUAUGG